CAGGAUAGAAUCUGCAACUCUGCAACUCAGGUAUAUGCCUUGACUGGGAAUCGAACCUGAAACCCUUCCAUGCUCUGGUCGACACUCUAACUACUGAGUGACAACGGACAGGGCACCAUCACCCUUUAAUGGAAAUUGAAUGCAAGCCUAGUGGAGAAUAAAGGCAGCCCCGUUGAUGACUGAAAAUGACAAAGCAUCCACCUAACAGACGAGGAAUCAGCUUUGAAGUGGGAGCCCAGUUGGAAGCCCGGGACCGAUUAAAAAACUGGUAUCCAGCUCACAUAGAAGAUAUUGACUACGAAGAAGGAAAAGUACUUAUCCAUUUCAAGCGUUGGAACCAUCGUUAUGAUGAGUGGUUCUGCUGGGACAGUCCUUAUUUACGCCCUUUAGAGAAAAUACAGCUGAGAAAAGAAGGCUUACAUGAAGAGGAAGGAUCUUCUGAAUUUCAAAUAAAUGAGCAAGUCCUUGCUUGCUGGUCUGAUUGUCGCUUUUAUCCAGCCAAAGUCACCGCUGUUAACAAGGAUGGUACUUACACUGUGAAAUUUUAUGAUGGAGUAGUUCAGACUGUCAAACAUAUUCAUGUCAAAGCUUUUUCCAAAGAUCAGAAUAUUGUGGGUAACGCUAGGCCUAAAGAAACAGAUCACAAAAGUCUUUCAUCAUCUGAUAAACGAGAGAAGUUUAAAGAGCAGAGAAAAGUCACAGUCAGCCUGAAGAAAGACAAAGAAGACAAAGCCUUAAAGACAGAAAAGCGAACCAAGCAUCCUGAUAAAGAAGGAAAAUUAAUCUGUUCUGAAAAGGGAAAGGUGUCAGAGAAAAACCUUCCCAAGAACGAGAAGGAAGAUAAGGAGAACAUUUCAGAAAAUGACAGAGAGUACUCUGGAGAUGCUCAAGUGGAUAAGAAACCUGAAAAUGACAUUGUGAAGAGUCCACAAGAAAACUUGAGGGAGCCAAAAAGAAAACGAGGCAGACCCCCUUCCAUAGCUCCUACUGCUGUGGAUUCAAACUCUCAAACUUUGCAACCAAUAACAUUGGAAUUGAGAAGACGAAAAAUAUCAAAAGGAAGUGAAGUUCCAUUAAAACGUCCUCGGCUUGACAAAAAUUCAUCCCAGGAAAAGUCAAAAAACUACCCAGAAAACACUGACAAAGACUUAUCAAGGAGACGGUCCUCCAGGCUGUCCACAAAUGGGACCCAUGAGAUCUUAGAUCCUGACUUGGUUGUAUCAGAUAUGGUUGAUACAGUUAAUACUGAUUCUUUGCAAAAUACAUCAUCCAGUUCCAAGGAGUCUGAAGAAGGUCAGUUGAAAUCUCCUUUGGAAGCUGGCCAGAUCUCAUCUGCACUAACUUGCCACUCCCUGGGGGAUGGAUUGGGGGUUACAGACUUGGAGUUGAACUGCAAGGCAAUGGGAGAAAACACUAUGAAAACAGAACCGGCUUCUCUCCUUGCUGAGUUUCAAGAGAUUUCUACUGUGGCAGUAACAAAUACUUUUAAGAAAACAGGUGAUAUUGUGACAUCUAAAGCACCAGCUGUCGACCUAGACCACAAAUUUAGGUGCAAGGUUGUGGAUUGUUUAAAAUUUUUCCGCAAAGCCAAGCUGUUGCACUAUCACAUGAAAUAUUUCCAUGGAAUGGAGAAGUCUCCAGAGCCAGAGGACAGUCUAGGAAAGAGGCAUGUCCAAACAAGGGGCUCUUCAGCUUCCGACAGGGCCAGCCAGGAGAGCCUGACCAGGAAGCGAGUCUCUGCCAGUUCCCCAACUGCAAAAGACAAGGAAAAGAAUAAAGAGAAGAAAUUCAAAGAGUUUGUGAGAAUGAAGCCAAAGAAGAAAAAGAAAAAGAAGAAGAAAACCAAACCUGAAUGCCCCUGCAGUGAGGAGAUCAGUGACACCUGCCAGGAACCUUCUCCACCCAAGACAUUUGCUGUCACCAGGUGUGGGUCCUCUCACAAGCCUGGGGUCCAUAUGAGCCCACAGCUCCAUGGCUCAGAAUCUGGAAACAACAAAGGGAAAGUGAUGAAAGUCCCUGAGGAGGAUAAUCUGAGUGAGUCCUCUUCUGAGAGCUUUCUUUGGAGCGAUGAGGAGUAUGGCCAAGACGUCGAUGUGACCACCAACCCAGAUGAGGAACUCGAUGGGGAUGACCGCUAUGAUUUCGAAGUGGUCCGCUGCAUCUGUGAGGUUCAGGAGGAAAAUGACUUUAUGAUUCAGUGUGAAGAGUGCCAGUGCUGGCAGCAUGGGGUCUGCAUGGGAUUAUUGGAAGAAAAUGUGCCUGAGAAAUACACCUGUUAUGUUUGCCAAGACCCUCCAGGUCAGAGGCCUGGCUUAAAGUACUGGUAUGACAAGGAGUGGUUGACUAGGGGACAUAUGCAUGGCCUGGCAUUUUUAGAAGAUAACUAUUCCCACCAGAAUGCCAAGAAGAUUGUGGCCACCCACCAGCUUCUUGGGGAUGUGCAGAGAGUGAUCGAGGUUCUGCAUGGCCUGCAGCUCAAGAUGAGCAUCUUGCAAAGCAGGGAGCAUCCUGAUCUGCAGCUGUGGUGUCAGCCUUGGAAACAGCAUUCAGGGGAUGGGAGAGCUCAUUCCAGACACAUCCAAGUCGCUGAAGCCAAGAGCAAGGAGGAAGCCCCAAGCUAUAGAACUUUGAAUGGGGCAGUGGAGAAACCCCUGCCCCUGCCUCGGUCUGUGGAGGAGUCAUAUAUUACCAGUGAGCACUGCUACCAGAAGCCCCGUGCCUAUUACCCUGCUGUGGAGCAGAAGCUGGUGGUGGAGACGCGGGGCUCUGCCCUUGAUGCAGUCAACACCCUCCAUGAGAAUGGUGAUGAUUCCCUCUCCCCGCGCCUGGGCUGGCCUCUAGACCAAGACAGGAGCAGGGGAGACAGUGACCCCAAACCCAGCUCUCCAAAGAUGGUGUCAAACGCUGGCUGGAGCUGUCUCCAUUCAAUACUUAAAUGUCAAUUGCAUCUCCAGGUGAGGGAAUAUGUCUCCAAAAAGGUCCUACCAGAGGAAGCCCCUGCUCAAAAGCUGCUGGACAGAGAUGGAGAGGGGCUCCUGAGCUCCCAGCACCAGUGGCAGUUUAACCUGCUGACCCAUGUGGAAUCUCUUCAGGACGAAGUCACGCACAGGAUGGACUCCAUUGAGAAGGAGCUGGAUGUGUUGGAGAGCUGGCUGGACUAUACUGGGGAACUGGAGCCCCCGCAGCCCCUGGCCAGGCUUCCACAGCUCAAGCAUUGCAUUAAGCAGCUGCUGACGGACUUGGGCAAGGUGCAGCAGAUCUCGCUCUGCUGUUCAACAUGAAACUGGGCACCCAGAACUAAUGGGGACACAAUACAGGGGUGCCUGCAGGAGGAACUUUGCAUUUUUUAAAUAAAUAAACCUAGCAUGCCGAAUGCAUGUGACACCGACUGACUUCAGGGAUCUGGGCAGACGGGGUGUGAUGGACAUUGGACAAAGAGGCCAUUUGGGCUGCUGGAGGGCAGGGCACUCUGAUCUCAGAGCCUACCACGAAGGUAGCAAACAGACUCUUGGGAUUCCCUUCUGUGCACAUCGUUGAAUGGAAAGUGAGUCUUUUUGCACAAACUUCACUUGAAAUCGUGCCACUGAUGAUAAAUGGAAUGAGAGCCAAAAAAGUUUCGUCGGAAACUGUUGUAGAUUCAACUUGCAGCUUAUUUAAUUGACUUUUCUGUCAGGUUGGGGCACAUGCCAAGCCUUGUGGUUUCUGCCUGGCAUGGAUAUAGGCAGCAGGUAUCAUUUUCAUUUUUCUAGCUUCAUGGGAAUGUCGUGACUUCACCAUUCUGUGGAGACUGGGAAGGAGCAGAGGCCUUGGCUGUCCUGCCUUCUCUGUCGGACUCUUCACUUUUUUCAUCACAUCUUGUGCAUGACUUCAUGGUACCGGGGACAAGUUUUGUAUGCUUUUACCCCAGAGUUGGCUGGGUUAUGUCUUUUAUAGCAGAGCCCAUACAGCCUGUGGAGGAACUAGAAUCUCACUGUUCGAAGAAGCUAGGAGGAAUUCCAAACUGAAACAGGCAGGGUCUGGGACCCAAAGGACAGCAUUUUCUACCCACUUCUUAAUAUUGACAGCUUCCCAGUUCUAUUUAAUGUCCAAAAAGUGUUUCCCCAAAUUUUGAACUCUUUCACUGUAAAGAUUUGUUACAAAGAAUGUGGUUUGGGGAAUUACCUUAUUUUAUAUUGCUGUAAACAAACUUUAGAUUCUACAUGUGCCACUUUCCUCCUUCCCUGAAGGGUAUAUGUUUAAUAGUGGCAUUUUCAAAAUUGUUUUAAUAUACUUUAACACUUUAAAUUUCCGGUUUGUAUUAUUUUGUGAAAUUAAGGUAAUUAUGCUGCUUAUGGUCCAGAUACAAUUUGUACCUUUUGAGACAAUAUUUGUUACUCUCACAGGUUACGGUUCUACAUGUAAUUGCUAUAUUGUUUUUUCCUUACUAGACAAAGUUAAAGAAAAUGUUCCAUGUUUUGAGGAGUGACCUGUUUCACUGUUUAGUUUUCUUAAUCACUAAAAAAAAAAAAAAAAAAAAAAA